UGAAAGAAAGAAAGAAAGAAAAGAGAGAGAGGUGCGCACGUUAGUUAACGAACACCAACAAUGCCCAAAGCUCUGGGGAAUAUGACAUUGAAGACGACCUCACCGACAUCACCAAGCGCUUAGUAAACUCAAUCUUCGUUUCUGUGCUCCUUCCGCUUUAGAAUGUGUCUUUUUGGUGUCGGACAAUGCGAAAAUCCAAAAGUGCCGGAGGAAUUCGACCUCGUAUGUGAAUUCUAGGGUUUCUUUGAUUUCUGAGGAAUUCGUUUGAGCUGUUUCAGAGCUGAGUGCUAAUUAGUGGAGCCUUCCUGUGUGGCAUUUUUGGGUUUGGUUUUGCAGCAUUGUGAAAUUCUGAGGCUUUGGGGUUGUGUUUCUUGAGCUGCAAGGUUGUUCUUGAGGGCUGUUCCCCAUUUGUGAUUAUAAUGGGUUAGAGGUGGAGUAAAUCAAUUUUCUUGUGGCUCAAAAACAGAGUAAUUUUUUUCUUUUUGUUGAUUUGAUGGGGAGAAGUUGGGAAUUGGGUUAUGGUACUGAAAAUAUUAGGUGCUGGUGGUGUUCAAAUGGGUGUUGGGUCUUGUACUUCUGGGCAAAACCUGAUAUUUCAACUUGAAUGGCUAGUCCUCAGAGAAGCGGUUCUGUCGAGAGGGAUAUCGAGCAGGCCAUAACAGCACUUAAGAAAGGUGCAACUUUGUUAAAAUAUGGGCGCAGAGGGAAGCCAAAGUUCUGCCCGUUCCGGCUUUCUAAUGAUGAGUCUUUAUUGAUAUGGUACUCUGGCAAAGAAGAAAAACACCUUAAACUCAGUCAUGUUUCAACAAUUAUUCCUGGCCAGCGUACAGCAAUAUUUCAGCGGUAUCCACGGCCUGAAAAGGAGUAUCAAUCAUUUUCACUCCUAUACAACGAUAGGUCCUUGGACUUGAUAUGUAAAGACAAGGAUGAAGCUGAAGUUUGGUUUGUUGGUCUUAAAGCACUAAUCAGUCGAGGUAACUACCGGAACUGGAGAAGUGAGUCAAGAUUGGACAGCACAUCACUAGAUAGUCCCCAUACUCGUACUCGACGAAGUUCUCCAUCAGUCACACCAUUUGAUGUAGGAGAUACUGAGGGAGUGCCUUUGGAGAAUAUCCCGCAGAGUAGAUUAGGAAGGGCAUUUGCUGACAUAAUUACAUAUACUGCAACCCCCAAGAGUGCCACUCAAAUUGAAUCAGUUUCUAAUUCCUCAUUAUCACCUGCAUCUGUAGAUAACUCAAAUGGUCGAAGUUCUGCUGCAGCUGAAGGAUUUCGAGUUAGUUUAUCUAGUGCUGUAAGUUCGUCAAGUCAAGGUUCUUGUCAGGAUGAUUUUGAUGCAUUAGGAGAUGUUUUCAUUUGGGGUGAAGGUAUUGGUGGUGGAGUACUAGGAGGUGGUGUGGAUAGAGUUGGUUGUUCAUAUGGUUUCAGGACAGAUGCUCUUCUGCCUAAGGUAUUGGAAUCAACAGUGGUCGUAGAUGUUCAUGGAAUUGCUUGUGGCGCCAGACAUGCGGUGCUGGUCACCAAGCAAGGGGAAAUCUUCAGUUGGGGAGAGGAGUCAGGAGGCAGGCUUGGGCAUGGGGUAGAAGCAGAUGUUUCCCACCCAAAGCUCGUUGACACUCUUAGUGGCAUUAAUGUUGAAUUAGUGGCAUGCGGGGAAUAUCACACUUGUGCUGUUACACUUUCUGGAGAUCUUUAUACAUGGGGUGAUGGUACUCAUAAUUUUGGUCUGCUUGGGCAUGGAAGUGAAGUUAGUCAUUGGAUACCCAAAAAGGUAAGUGGUCACAUGGAUGGUAUACAUGUAUCCUAUAUCGCUUGCGGACCAUGGCAUACAGCUGCUGUGACAUCAGCUGGCCAGUUAUUUACCUUUGGGGAUGGUUCUUUUGGUGCCUUGGGCCAUGGGGAUCAUAGUAGCACAAAUACUCCACGGGAGGUGGAAACUUUGGGAGGGCUAAGAACAACAAGGGUUGCUUGCGGUGUUUGGCACACUGCUGCAGUUGUUGAAGUAACAAAUGAAUUAUCUAGUCCUGAGACUUCUAGUAACUCUUCAUCUGGAAAUCUGUACACCUGGGGGGAUGGAGAUACAGGCCAACUUGGACAUGGUGAUCAAGAAUCUAGACUAGUUCCUGAAUGCGUAGCUGCAUUGGUUGAUAAACAUAUUUGUCAGGUAGCAUGUGGCCAUAAUCUCACAGUUGCCCUUACAACCUCAGGACAAGUAUAUACAAUGGGAAGUGCUGCUUAUGGACAGCUUGGCAGUCCUUUAGCUGAUGGGAAAGUUCCCACUCUGGUUGAGGGUAAAAUUGCAGAUAGUUUUGUUGAAGAUAUUGCCUGUGGUUCUUAUCAUGUUGCAGUUUUGACUUCCAAGACAGAGGUUUUUACUUGGGGAAGGGGUUCAAAUGGGCAACUAGGCCAUGGAGACAAUGAUCAUAGAAAUACACCUACCCUUGUAGAUUGUAUAAAGGAUAAGCAAGUAAAGAGUGUAACAUGUGGUCCAAACAUUACAGCGGUCAUUUGUCUUCAUAAAUGGGCAUCUAGUGCUGACCAUUCUGUUUGCUCUGGUUGUCAUAAUCCCUUUGGUUUCAGAAGAAAACGUCAUAAUUGUUACAAUUGUGGACUAGUCUUCUGCAAAGCAUGCAGCAGCAAGAAAUCUCUGAAAGCUGCCUUGGCUCCAAAUAUGAACAAGCCAUAUCGGGUGUGUGAUGAGUGUUAUACUAAACUAAAGAAAGCCGCAGAAGCUAGUUCUGCUUUGCGAAGUGCUACAAUUAAAAGUGGAAAUAUACGUCAUAAAGCCAAUGAUGUGGCAGAUAGAGACACUCUGGUACCUAUGUUACGGGCAACACUCUCCAGACUCUCAUCUUUUGGCUCAACCAACCAGAGUGAAAGCAAGUAUCCAAAGCAAGACAGAAAACCAGAAGCCCGUGAUACUCGUGUCUUUCCCAUGUUGAAUGGACAGUUGCAGUUUGGGGGCUUUAAUUUGACAAAAGCAUCAACUUCUCUCACUGGAGAUUCAGAAAAAGUUGUAUCAGCUUCAAUUCCUGCUUCCAGAAAGGCUUCUCGGUUUACGUCUCCUAUUUCAGGAAAGUCAAGCCCACGUCGGUCUUCUGAUGAUAUUCUUGAGGAUUCUAAGCUUAUAAAUGGAAGUUUGAGCCAAGAAAUCAUAAACUUAAGGACACAGGUAGAAGACCUUACUUCCAAAUCCCGAUAUCUUGAAGCUGAACUGCAAAGAACAUCAAAGAAAUUGAAGGAGGUAUCUGCAAUAGCUGCAGAUGAAGCUGAAAAAUGCAAAUCUGCAAAGGAAGUUAUUAAGUCUCUAACUGCUCAGUUGAAGGACGUGGCUGAAAGAAUGCCAGAAGGACAGAUCGGCAGCUGCAAUUCAGGAUCUAUGGCUGGCCAUGCAAUCAAUUUUGCAGACCAGUUAUCCAAAGAGAGCCAUCUGACAAACAUAACUACUCCAGACUUGUCCAAUGGCAAUUCAAUGGAUCGAAUCUUAGCUAAUGGAACUAAAGGACAAACUGGAAAGGCAGAGCGGGUGCUACAAGAUGAGCCUGGUGUAUAUAUAACUUUAUGCUCCUUGCCAGAUGGUGGUAAUGAACUCAGACGUGUUCGCUUCAGUCGGAGACAUUUCACUGAAGAAGCAGCAGAGAGAUGGUGGGCUGAAAAUGGGGCCAAGUUAUGUGAGCGGCACAAUAUAAAAAGUGCAGAGUAAUAAUAUGCUGUCAGCUCUCCAAUAGCAAACAUCCCAUCAUCCUCUUCCUCUCCACUGGAAUGUGUAAAUUUGUUUACCCCUAAAUCAUUCCCUGGGGUUCGAUCAAAGGAUUUGGAGUCAGAAUUCGCAGGUAGACUGAGGUAUUAGAAUGUCAAAAACUGUAGGGGAUGGUUUUCCAAAAAGUGGAAAAAGAUAAAUCCAUAAGAUGAAAGACGUUUUCAGGAAUCUAGAUAUUCUGCAGUUAAUGCUGUUCUUUUUUUCUUCAUGUUUUUCUUUUUAAGGCUUUUUAUGUGUGUUUUUGCUGGUACUCCCGACUGUAAUUGAUGGAAACCAACCAGAAUUCUCACGUUAAAUCCAAUGUAGCCCAACCUAAGUCGUUAAGAAGCU